AACAGUGGGCGACAAGACAAUGGCGAUUGGAGGGAGUAAUUUCGUGCCCUCAAUUCCAUAUAUUCAAUAUUGUGCAUUUGAGGGGAACACCACUAAAGGAAAGGAAAGGGAAUCGGGGAAUCAACAUAAUGGGCUCUUGGCCAAGAAUGGAAAGAGCACAUUGAAAAACAAAGAUCUGGAAAAUUCCUUACCGAUGGUGGCGCUUCAGAGUCCGCCGCGACAACAAUGUCCCUCUGUCCAGGAAAGGAAAGAAAAGGGAGGCAAACCUAAUGGGGAAGGAAGAAGAUACAGCAAAGAGGUUGUGAGGGGGGAGGACCCUCCCGUUGAAAAAAGCUUACUGGGCCCUGGCCCAUCUCAGGGGACGGCUGUUAAAAAGGGGACAAAGCCCACCGUUGAGGCCCCAGCUUCUCCAUCGUCCAGUCUUCAAGCGGCCUCAUCGUCCUCGCCAACGAGUGGCCCGGUUGGUGGUACUCUAGAUGGGCCAAGUGCUUCUGCUAGCCCAUCAGUUAUAUCUUUCAGACCCCCCUCAACGACAGUUACCAUGGGCCCGAACGGAACCAAAAUGCAAGUGGUCCAGGUUCCUCCCCAGAGCGAAGGGUCUGUGCGCCGAAAAGAUCUCUCCUCCCCGUCGGCGGCAAGCAGAACGAAGGGGAAGAAGAACUCCAAGGAUCGGACUAAAAAAGGAUCGCCGGCGAAGCUGAAUCCCAGCCGCCCUCUCCAGAUAUGGUCCCCGAUGAAGGACAAGAGAAUAAAAUCGAAGACGAGGAUGGCGGCUCUCACGCUCCAGGAGAUUAAUGCGUGGAUAGAAGCAGCUCACUCGACCAUGAAACGCACGACAACUGAAGGAGGGAAUGAUGUUCCAGUCUCGGCUUCGGGACACAGGGUUUCGCUGGGUGAUCCGCAAUCUCCAGCGGUCUAAUUGGAGCAGUCGCCUUCCUCUGUUUGCGGC